AUGCUUGGGGUUGGGAAUGAAGGAAUGUCUACACUACCGGGAUUGAAUCAAAUACAAUUUGAAGGGUUUUGUAGAUUCAUUGAUCGGGGCUUAACAGAAGAACUUUUGAAGUUUCCAAAAAUUGAAGAUACAGAUCAAGAAAUUGAAUUUCAGUUAUUUGCGGAAACAUAUCAAUUGGUAGAACCCUCAAUAAAAGAAAAAGAUGCUGUAUAUGAAUCACUUACAUAUUCCUCUGAAUUAUAUAUAUCCGCGGGAGUAAUUUGGAAAAACAGUCAGGAUAUCCAAGAACAAAUUAUUUUUAUUGGAAACAUUCCUCUAAUGAAUUCCCUGGGAACUUUUAUAGUAAAUGGAAUAUACAGAAUUGUAAUCAAUCAAAUAUUGCAAAGCCCCGGUAUCUAUUAUCGGUCAGAAUUGGACCAUAACGGAAUUUCAGUCUAUACUGGCACAAUAAUAUCAGAUUGGGGAGGAAGAUUAGAGUUAGAAAUUGAUAGAAAAGCAAGGAUAUGGGCUCGUGUAAGUAGGAAACAGAAAAUAUCUAUUCUAGUUCUAUCAUCAGCUAUGGGUUCGAAUUUAAGUGAAAUUCUUGAGAACGUUUGUUACCCCGAAAUUUUCUUGUCUUUCCUCAAUGAAAAGGAGGAAAAAAAAAUAAGGUCAAAAGAAAAUGCCAUUUUGGAGUUUUAUCGACAAUUUGCUUGUGUAGGCGGAGAUCCCAUAUUUCCUGAAUCUUUAUCUGCGGAUCAUUUGAUUGGAAUGAAAUUUGGAAUGGGUACACUUGACGAUAUGAAUCAUUUGAAAAAUAAACGUAUUCGUUCCGUAGCAGAUCUCUUACAAGAUCAAUUUGGAUUGGCUCUCGUUCGUUUAGAAAAUCUAAUUAUAGGAACUAUAUGUGGAGCAAUUAGAUAUAAAUUGAUACCGACUCCUCAGAAUUUAGUGACUUCAACGCCAUUAACAACCACUUAUGAAUCUUUUUUUGGAUUACAUCCAUUAUCUCAAGUUUUAGAUCAAACCAAUCCAUUGACCCAAAUAGUUCAUGGAAGGAAAUUGAGUUCUUUGGGUCCUGGAGGAUUGACGGGGCGAACUGCUAGUUUUCGGAUACGGGAUAUCCAUCCUAGUCACUAUGGACGCAUUUGUCCAAUUGACACCUCUGAAGGAAUCAAUGUCGGACUUAUUGGAUCCUUGGCAAUUCACGCAAGGAUUGGUCGUUGGGGGUCUAUAGAAAGUCCAUUUUAUGAAAUUUCUGAGAGAUCAAAAAGAAUACGAAUGCUUUCUUUAUCACCAAGUAGAGAUGAAUACUAUAUGGUAGCGACGGGAAAUUUUUUAGCACUGAAUCGAGGUAUUCAGGAGGAGCAGAUUGUUCCAGCUCGAUACCGUCAAGAAUUUCUUACUAUUGCAUGGGAACAGGUUCAUCUUCGAAGUAUUUUUCCCUUCCAAUAUUUUUCUAUUGGAGCUUCCCUCAUUCCUUUUAUCGAGCAUAAUGAUGCGAAUAGAGCUUUAAUGAGUUCUAAUAUGCAACGUCAAGCAGUUCCUCUUUCUCGGUCCGAAAAGUGCAUUGUUGGAACUGGAUUGGAACGCCAAGUGGCCUUAGAUUCGGGAGUUCCCGCUAUAGCCGAACACGAGGGAAAGAUCGUUUAUAAUGAUACUGAGAAGAUUAUUUUAUUUGGAAGUGGGAAUGGUCUAAGUAUUCCAUUAAUUAUAUAUCAACGUUCCAACAAAAAUACUUGCAUGCAUCAAAAAUCCCAGGUUCAGAAGGGUAAAUGCGUAAAAAAGGGACAAAUUUUAGCAGAUGGUGCUGCUACAGUUGGUGGUGAACUCGCUUUGGGAAAAAACGUAUUAGUAGCUUAUAUGCCAUGGGAAGGUUACAAUUCUGAAGAUGCUGUACUCAUUAGUGAGCGUCUGGUCUAUGAAGAUAUUUAUACUUCUUUUCACAUACGGAAAUAUGAAAUUCAGACUCAUGUGACAAGCCAUGGUCCUGAAAGAAUCACUAAUAAAAUUCCACAUCUAGAAGCGCAUUUACUCCGAAAUUUAGACAAAAAUGGAAUUGUAAUUCUGGGAUCUUGGGUAGAAACGGGCGAUAUUUUAGUGGGUAAAUUAACGCCUCAAAUGGCAAAAGAAUCCUCAUAUGCCCCGGAAGAUAGAUUAUUACGAGCUAUACUUGGGAUUCAGGUAUCCACCUCAAAGGAAACUUGUCUAAAACUACCUAUAGGUGGUAGGGGCCGAGUUAUUGAUGUGAGAUGGCUCCACAAAAAAGCGGAUUCUAGCUAUAAUCCAGAAACAAUUCAUAUAUAUAUUUCACAGAAACGUGAAAUCAAAGUAGGUGAUAAAGUGGCCGGGAGACAUGGAAAUAAAGGUAUCGUUUCAAAGAUUUUGUCUAGACAGGAUAUGCCUUAUUUGCAAGAUGGAAGACCCGUUGAUAUGGUCUUCAAUCCAUUAGGGGUCCCUUCUCGAAUGAAUGUAGGACAGAUAUUAGAAUGUUCGCUCGGAUUAGCUGGGAGUAUGCUAAAUAGACAUUAUCGAAUAGCACCUUUUGAUGAGAGAUAUGAACAAGAGGCUUCCAGAAAACUUGUGUUUUCUGAAUUAUAUGAGGCCAGUAAAGAAACAUCGAAUCCAUGGAUAUUUGAACCCGAGUAUCCGGGAAAGAGCAGAAUAUUUGAUGGAAGAACGGGGAAUCCUUUUGAACAGCCCGUUAUAAUAGGAAAGCCUUAUAUCUUGAAAUUAAUUCAUCAAGUUGAUGAUAAAAUACAUGGACGUUCCAGUGGACCUUAUGCACUUGUUACACAACAACCCCUUAAAGGAAGGGCCAAACAAGGAGGACAACGGGUAGGCGAAAUGGAAGUUUGGGCCCUCGAGGGAUUCGGUGUUGCUCAUAUUUUACAAGAGAUGCUUACUUAUAAAUCUGAUCAUAUUAAAGCUCGUCAAGAAGUACUUGGAACUACAAUUAGUGGAGGAACAAUACCGAAACCUGUGGAUGCUCCAGAAUCUUUUCGAUUGCUCGUUCGCGAACUACGAUCUUUGGCUCUGGAACUGAAUCAUUUCCUUGUCUCUGAGAAAGACUUUCAGAUUCAAAGGAAGGAAGUUUAA